ACACUCACACACACACAUCGACACACACUUGCACACACACACACACACUUGCACACACACACACACACUUGCACACACAUCACCACACGCGCACAGAGUCACGCAGAGCCACACACGCGCGUGUCGAGAAGCAGGUGAGUCGCGCUGCGAUGUUCCUGCGUGCGCCAUGAAGUAGGGCCGUUGCCCGAAACGUCGCCUGUCCCCACACACGGUGCUGCGGUGACCACGUGCAUGGAGCCCGCGUCCCUCUCCGACUUCCUGUGCUCGCUGAUCGAUUUGGCCGCCUCCCUGCGGCUCCCCCCGCACGCCCUGCACUGCGCCAGGGCGGCCGUCAGCAGCCUCCUGGGAGCGAGUGGUGAGCGUGCCCGCCUCUCAGCCCUCGUCUGCUCCCUGCUCGACGUCUCUUGCCGCUCCUCACCGCUCACCAGCGCAUCGCUACGCGCAGCGCACACGCUGGUGCGGGACCUUGCGACCCAAGCCGUGGCAGAGACCCCAGAGGUCACGGCGUCGUCACCUUUCAACUCUGACCUCUGCCAGGGGUCAGGGGUCACGUUCAAGGCAUGCUGCGAGGAUGGCCUCCCGUGCAACCCAGAGCGCGGAUCUCGGAGUCAUGGAUUCCUGGGCAACCUCCUCAAAGUGCUCGAGUUGGCGCAGAGGCACCCCGAGGCGACCCAGACCCUGCACCAACUCGUGUCGGCCUUGUUGGAGGGCUCCAUUGAGCCCGAGGCGUUCAAGAGCAGAGUCACCCAGGAAGUGAAGAACCACCCAGAGCCGUACACCCUCCACUUCCUCAAGCUCUCCCUCCCCUCCAUCCGCCAGCUUCUGGCUGAGCGGACCUACGGGCGCCCCACGACCGCGGCCUCCCCGCUCACCACCCCCCCACCACCAAUCUCCCCACGAUGCGUGCCCAAGGAACAGAAGCGACCGGCAGAAGAGGAAUGUCUGGGUGCAGCGACUCAGAGGGACAUCAAACGACUCCGGAAAUACACGCACUGCGGAGAACAACACUCCACCUCCACCACCUCCACCACCUCCACCAACAACGACUCCACCACCUCCACCACCAACGACUACUCCACCCCCUCCACCAAUACUAACAAGACUCCACCACCAUAACCACCACUACCUCCACCACCAACCCUUCCACCUCCACCACCUACGGCUCCACCACCACCACCUCAACCACCUCCACCACCACCACCUCCACCACCAACCUCCUCCACCACCUACGGCUCCACCACCACCACCUCCACCUCAACCACCACCACCUCAACCACCACCACCACCACCUCAACCACCUCCACCACCACCUCAACCACCUCCACUACCUCCACUACCACCACCACCUCCACCUACGGCUCCACCACCAUAACAACCACCACCACCUCCACCACCACCACUACUAACAAGACUCCACCACCUCCACCACCAAUGACUCCACCACCACAACCACCACCACCUCCACCACCACCUCCCUGAUGCCUGCUGCUGUAGAUUUGGAGUUUGCGUCUCUCUCUCAUCAUCAUCAUCACGGUGGCUAGGAGAUGUUGACUACCUCUCCUGGUCUACAGGAGGUCGUGGGUUCGAUCCCGACUUCGUUGAGCUGCCGUUUGUGAUUAGCGGCGUCGCAUCUGAACAACGGAGCUUUAACGGUAUAGCUCAGUGGGGCCGUAUUACAGAGUAAAAUAAACAAAAUAGUUCGGUUUAAAUCGUUUCGUUUACCA